CACCUCUCCUGAGUCCAGACACAAUGCAUCCGGUGGCUGGCAGCGCUCAUGCAGCAUGCCUAUUUGGCCGCAGAUAAGCCGCAGAUAGACCGACCGAGAUGGUGAACAAAGUCAAGAGCAAUGUGGCAGGGCCUGCGGAGAGCUAAUCUGGGUAUGAAGGGACGCUGAGCGCGCGGUUUUAGCAAAGCGGAGGCGAUGGUGCCGCAAGACUUACCAGCAGUGGCUUAUGUCGGACUCGCUGUGGUGACGCUCGUCGUUAUCUGGGUGUCAACAUACAUUCUGGAAAGGCUUCGCCAUCUUGAUCAUAUCAGCAAGAAUGUCAGCACGUCGUACUUCCUCGAGGACCCGACGUCCUUGGAGAAGGUCCCUCUCCCCUCCGUCUUUGCCCCCGCUAGCAAGUACAUCUCGCUGAUUAUCCCCGCCAUGAAUGAGGAGGACAGGCUUCCCGACACGCUCGACGAAACCCUCCGUUUUCUACAGCAGCGCGCAAAGGCAGACACGUCUUUCACUUACGAGAUCAUCGUUGUGGACGACGGCAGCAAGGACGGGACCGCCAAGGCGGCCUUUGAGUUUGUGCGGAAGCACUCGCUGGACGUGGUGCGCGUCAUCAAGCUGGGGCGCAACCAGGGGAAGGGCGCCGCAGUCCAGAGGGGCAUGCUGAGCUCACGGGGCGAGCUGGCGCUCUUUAUGGACGCCGACGCCGCUACCGACAUACAUGACCUCAGCAAGCUCGAGCAAGAGCUCCUCGCGCUCGAGCGCACCGCGGUCCACAGCGCGAGCCCGGCGCCCGUCACCCGCAGCGGAGCGAAGCAGAGCUUGAAGGGCCACGUGGGGAGUUUUGCGGCGAUGGCGGUGGGCUCGCGCGCGCACCUCGAGAAGCUGGCCAUUGCCAAGCGGAAAUGGUACCGAAACUUUUUGAUGCGGGGCUUCCACUUGUGUGUGCUCAUGGUGGCAGGGCCUGGAGUCAAGGACACGCAGUGCGGCUUCAAGAUGUUCACAAGGUCCGCCGUCCAACAGAUCUUUCCGAACCAGCGGGUCCAUAGGUGGUGUUUUGACGUCGAGCUUAUAUACCUGGCGAAAUCGCUGCGAAUACCAAUCAAGGAGGUGGCAGUGACGUGGACGGAGAUACCCGGGUCGAAGCUACGCUUCACGAGCAUCUUCCACAUGCUCUUCGAGUUGGCUCUCAUUAGACUUGGCUACGGGUUGGGGUUUUGGAACAUUCGGCGGCAACAAUUGGUUCAAUAAGUAAAGUUUCUAGAGAGCGAGUAAGAAACUCCAAAGAGGCAGUCGAGUUGUUCUCGAAUGAAACCGCGAAAAAAUCGAGUCUGCUCGAUUCACGUACUUUCAGACUCCAACGUGCUUGAGGACGUUUGGCGCAUGCUUUUGCUCGCAAGUUUGCCUUGUCUCUGGUCCGUGCGUCAACCUUCAUCGAGUAAAAGAUGUCGU